UGAAGAGUUUCGGAUGUGAAACAUUCGGUCUGUUUCCAAUUCCACACACCCUGUCCGACCCGUCAAAUGUCCCCAGCGCGUUCUGGCUUCAAUCCACAUUUCCCGCUGCGGCGGUUGUUUUGAUUUUCCAGGUUAGCUACAAAACAGAUGGCAGGGAAGAGUGAGUGGUGGAGAGAGCGCGGUGGAGGGACUGUGAUGGCCGGAGAGUCGACGGGAGAGCGGCCUGCACUCGUACACAACCCCGCCGUCUGAAACACCUCUCCCGCCACUGAGGGUCCGAGCUGCGGGGACGAUGAGGCCGGUGUGAGUGAGCCGCGACUGCUGUGAGAUUGGGGGCAAUGAGAUGACCGGCGCGACGGUCUCCGCUCUCCUCGGGCCGCUGGUUGUGCUUGUGGUGAUCGGGGUGUGUGUACCGGGAUCCCGGGCGGCCCCCGAGUGGCCUCCGGCCGAGGUGGGUCCGGGCUGGCAGCGGCUGUUGGAGGAGGGCAACGACUGCCCGCCGUGCGAGGCGGCUCUGUGCGCCGUUCCCCGGGGCUGCGGGGCGGGAGCGGUGCGGGACCGCUGCGGCUGCUGCUGGGAGUGCGGCAAUGUGGAAGGGCAGCUGUGUGACCUCGACCACACCAACCACUUCUACGGGCUGUGCGGGGACGGGCUGGACUGCCUCCUGGAGCUGGGCGGCCUGGCCCACGGAGAGGUGCCCGAACCGCAGUGUGUCUGCCGCCACCACCUCGCCGUCUGCGGCUCCGACGGCAACACCUAUCCGCAACUCUGCCGCUUCCAACAGGCGGCCAACGCCAACCAGGGCGCCAACCUCACCCUGGCUCAUCAGGGGCCCUGCGAGGCAGUCCCACAGAUCAUCUCUCCUCCGUUCAGCGUUUGGAAUACGACCGGCGAGGAUGUCAUUUUCGGCUGUGAGAUCUUCGCCUAUCCCAUGGCGGCCGUGGAGUGGCGGAAGGAGGGUCUGGAGACCUUCCUGCCCGGAGACGACCCCCAUAUAUCUGUGCAGUUUCGAGGCGGACCGCUGAAGUACGAGGUGAGCGGCUGGCUGCAGAUCCAGGGGAUCCGGAGCUCGGAUGCGGGGGUCUACCUCUGCUGCGCCCACAAUAAACUGGGCGAGGUCUCGGCAGCAGCCAACCUGACCGUCCUCUCCGCCGACGAGCUGGGCGAGGCGGGGACUCUCUGGGGCCUGGCCCAGCCCCCGCUGGACGACGAUGUGGACACGGACGACUAUUACUGAGCACUGACCCUCGGCCACGGGAACGGUGGUGAUCGGCCGGGAUGAAGCAGCGAAUUAUAAUAAAGUCACUCGCUGCGACCCGA